GUUCGACUUUGCCCUUUCUCAAACCCGCCGUCGAUGCGUCCCACGCCUGUCGAGUGACCAUGUCGAGUCCGCCCGCACACGAUGUUCACGAAAGUGCUAAUAUCCGGCGCAAUGAAGAGGCAGCGGCCGGCGGUGCCCAUCAGCAACCGAACUCGGAAGACUCCGAGCGCGUUGCAUCGCUCUCGUAGCCACGCUGGCAGGCGCCAGUUUCCUGAACAGCCUGUCGGGCCAGGCCGUGGUCAUCAUCAUGCCGACCAUCGGGCAGGACCGGGGCAUCCCGGAGACGCGGCUGCAGUGGAUCAUCUCGGCCUACGCGCUCACGUUCGGCUGCUUCCUGCUCUUCUGGGGCAGGGUGGCCGACAUCUACGGCAAGCGCAAGAUCUUCGUCUGCGGCUCGGCCUGGUUCGCCGUCACGACGCUCGUCAACCCCUUCGUGCCGAAUGAGAUUGCCUUCGAUCUGCUCCGUGCACUGCAAGGGCUGGGCGCUGCCGCGAAUGUGCCGACUGCGAUAGGAAUUCUGGGGACUACGUUCCCGCCUAGCAAGGCCAAGAAUUAUGCCUUUAGCUGUUUCGCCGCUGGCGCCCCGUUGGGCGGCGUGGUUGGAAACCUGGUGGCCGGCUUCGUCGCGCAGUAUGCCUCCUGGAAAUGGGUGUUUGUGGUGAUAGCGCUGGCUGGGUUUGCCAUCAGUGCGGCCGCCUUCUUCGUCAUUCCGCCCCCGAAGCAGACGAUCCAGGAACAAGCCUCCCCCGGCAGCCGACCUUCUGUCGACUGGCUGGGAGCCGUCCUGGUCACGAGCGGCCUGUUGGCCCUGCUUUUUGCCCUGACCGAGGGCAACGUCGUGGGUUGGCGCACACCGUGGGUCUCCGUGCUCAUCAUUGUAGCGCUCGUCCUCGUCGCGCUCUUCGUUGUCUGGCAGAGGUACCUCGAGAAGACGGGGAAGCUGGCUCCGAUCAUGAAGGUGUCCAUUUUCCGCAACCCGCAGUUCAGUGCUGCCAUGGCCACCAUGGCGCUCUUCUUCAUGAGCUUCAACGGCUUUCUGGUGUACGCGACGUACUUCUAUCAGGACUACCAGGGACUCGACCCGCUGCAGACCACGCUCCGGUUCAUUCCCAGCGGCAUCACCGGAUUCACCACGGCCGCCAUAGUCUCGCAGCUGCUGGCGCGGGUGCCGACGUACAUCUUGCUGGCGAUCGGCGACGCCUGCGUGUCCGUCUCGGCGCUGCUCUUUGCCUUGCCGAUCCCGCCCGACACCACCUACUGGGCUUGGUCGCUCCCGGCCAUGAUCCUCGCGGUCUUCGGCGCCGACACGACGUGGCCGUGUCUGAUCCUCUUCACGAGCCGCUCGCUGCCGCAAGCAGAUCAGGCCCUGGGCGGUGCCCUCGUCAACGCGAUGGGCCAGGUUGGACGCGCGAUCGGGCUGGCCGUCGCCACCGCGAUCCAGACGGCCGUGAUGGCGCGAGAAAGGGGCGUCAGUGUUCAGAGCGCUGGUUCUGUCGAAGUGGGAGAUGCGCCGUCGCUUCUCGGGAUUAGGGCUGCGGGAUAUUGGAACUUCUCCCUUGGAAUCCUCGCGCUCAUUGUAGUGCUGCUGGCGUUUCGGGGGUCGGGCAUCGUAGGAAAGGUCGACGCCCAGAAACUAGACCCCCAGGUACAAAGAGACAGCGGCAGGGAUGAGGAAGCGGCUGUGAAGGCUUAAAAAAUCAAAGUUGAGCUAAGAGAUGUUAUGAAGGGGAUACCGUCAUGGCUUAGAACUGGCAUGAUGAACCGUGGAAGAGGGGCAUACACUGGCGUGCUGGA